CUUCCAUCUUUUCUUUUUGGGUCCCACUUUCCCUCCAAUCCUAGCGGAGAUCCCUCCGAAAUCCGAAUCUUCAUCUUUCUCCUUUCGUCCCAUAUCUUCUUUCUUUCUUUCUUCCCUUAAUCUUCCCAAGAAAAUAAAAAGAAACGAAAAACCCAAACAGAGAAAAGCAUACUAAAAAAAAAAAUGAGAGCUUUAAAUUCGAGAUUUGUUCUAAUUGACAUCACCAACAACGCAACGUCAUGGCACCACCGUCCAAAGCAUUCGCACUUCACAAAAACGACACGUAGAGCUCAUCAAAGACCAGCAACGGCAUCUAUAAAACAAUCUCAAACGUCGGUUCUCCGGAUCCCACAUAUCCGUAAACCGUCUGAUCGAACCACGUUCUCGAAUGGGUCUUCCUCGGAUUACCCGAACCCGCCUUCGACUUCCCGGGUGGAGGCUUGUACGGAACUCGAGCUGUUCCUCGAAAUGUUGCCGCUGCGGAUAAGGAAAGAGCUUUGCAGGCAUGAAGAGAUAGGUGAGUUGAUUGAGGUGGUCAUGGAUUUGGGGAGGCAGCCUCUUGCUAGGUUUCCUUCUGGGGAUUGGGUUAUUUCGAAACAGCCUGUUAAGCAUGAAGAUUUAAGGCAUGCAAUAUCUAAGGUUGGUGACUUUUCGGAUGACAACCGUUCGGGUAUUGAUAGAUCUUUGCAUCGCAUAAGUGCUAUUAGAAACCGUAAAUUGCAAAUAAUUGGCCUCACUUGCCGGGUCGGUCGAGCUGUGUCUGGAAGUGCUGAGAUUAUACGUGACUUGGUCGAGGGAGGAGGUUCCAUUCUGGUCAUAGGUCCUCCUGGAGUUGGUAAAACAACCUUAAUCAGAGAAAUAGCUAGGAUGUUGGCAGAUCAACACAUGAAACGUGUUGUCAUUGUGGAUACAUCAAAUGAGAUUGGAGGUGAUGGAGAUGUUCCCCACGAAGGAAUAGGGCGUGCAAGGAGAAUGCAAGUUCCAAAUGUGAAUAUGCAGCAUAAUGUUAUGAUUGAGGCAGUUGAGAACCAUAUGCCUGAAACCAUCAUAAUCGAUGAAAUUGGUACAGAGCUUGAAGCAUUAGCUUCCAGCACUAUUGCUCAACGAGGGGUUCAGCUGGUUGGAACAGCCCAUGGAAUGACUAUUGACAACAUAAUAAAGAACCCUUCUCUACAGAUCCUUGUUGGUGGCAUUGAGAGUGUAACUCUGGGUGAUGAGGAAGCAAGGAAAAGGAAAGUUCAAAAGACAAUUCUUGAAAGAAAGGGCCCUCCAACAUUUACAUGUGCUGUCGAGAUGAUAUCCAGGACUGAGUGUCGUGUUCAUCAUAGACUUGAUGCAACUGUGGAUGCUAUACUGGCUGAUAUUUUCUGGUUGCCAGGAAAUUCUCCUUUAUUCGAAAUUCGUCAGAUGGAGGCUGAAGCUGAUAUUCCUCUCAAGUCUACUUUAAUGCCUAAAAUUGAACAUCUUGAACAAUCCAACUUGCCCGUUAAUGUGGAAAAAUGUGCUGAAGCAGAUUUUGAUGUGGAAGAUGAAGAUUAUCUUCCUAAUCCUAUUAAGAAACAGAGGCUUAUCCGAUCUGUGACCCAAAGGAGCUCACCUGUAUGUGUUUAUACUUACAAGAUCCUGGAAGCUGAUCUCUUACAAGUAGCAGCUGUAAUGGGACUUGAAGAUGAAAUAGAUGUCACUGAUGACAUUGGGAUGGCGGAUGCAAUUUUAGCAUGUGCUUCCGAAAUAAAGCAGAAUUCAUGGAUUCGAGGAAUAGCAAAGUUUCAGCAGUUGCCCGUGUUUGUUAUUGAGUCCAAUACCAUGGCACAAAUGGUCAAGGCGGUGCGUAUGAUUCUUGAAAGGGAAUCAUAUGGCUCAAGAUCAAAGCAUCCUAACCGAAAUUCUUUUGAUAUUGAGAUUGAAGACGAUGCACCAAAAAGAAAACCCACCUUGGAAGAGAUCGAUGCCUUAGAGGAGGUUCGUCUAGCGAUCGAGUACAUUGUCAUUCCCGGUGGUGAACCAGUGGAGCUUCUCCCCAGACGUUCCGAGAUAAUUGCCCGCCAGCUUGAGCUUGUCGAGAGCUAUAAGUUGGCUGCGGAAAAUUCAGAUCGCUGGUCCAUGGAUGAGGCUAUCAGGGAGAUGAAUGGACGAGAGUUUGGAGACCGCAUCGUCUCAGUGAACAAGGCUCAACCAAAAAUGGGUGAAGAUCUUGACAAUGGCUAUAGAGGAGGUUACUCAUCAAGUGGCAGGGGAGGCUAUGCAGGUGGAGACAGGCUUGUAGCACAGGAUGAAUGCUUCAAAUGUGGGCGCUUUGGGCACUGGGCCCGAGAUUGCCCUUCAGCUGGUGGUGGCCGAGUUGGGAAUGGCAGCAUGUUUUCUUCACAUUCAAGGUAUGGAGGUGAUGAUGACUGUGAUGAUCGCUUCAGAAAUCGUGAUCGGUAUGUGGAUGACAGUUAUGAUGAUGGACGAUAUGGAGAUAGGGACCAUUUUGAUAGCAAAGAUGAUAGAUAUGGAAGCCGUGAUCGAUAUAUUGGUAACAGGCAUCCCCCUGGUGGAGAUCGAUUUGGCAAUUGUUAUGGUGAUUCAGACCGAUUCCCUCGGAAUAAUUACAGCAAGGAAAGAGGUUAUCGAGAUGUUGCUUCAAGAGGUAGUGAUAGGUAUGGAAGUGGAGGGCCAGCACGUGAUGAUGGAAGAAGCUACAGGAACAGGGCCGGCCCUUAUGAUCGUGCUGGCAGGGGAGGGCGCCCUUCUUCCUUUGACCACUAUUAAUUGUACUCAAUAUGUUCAUUGAACUUUUAAGUCUGAACGGUAUGUUGGGUACUUUUUUGUCAAUCAUCUAGGAUGCUUGAAUUUCUAUGAAUGGUAAGGAUUUUUUUUUUAAUACAAAAGAGGUCAUAGCCUAAAGAUAAGAGAUGAUUUGUAGAUGU